AUGUGUGUUUCUCUGAGAUUCAAAGUGUGUUGUUUUAAAGCGGUGACGAUAAAAGCAAAGAUCAAAGCAGCAGCAGAGGAGCAGGAAGUGGACCGGCUCAGAAUGUUAGAGGAGCGGGAAGUGGACCGGCUCAGAAUGUUAGAGGAGCGGGAAGUGGACCGGCUCAGAAUGUUAGAGGAGCGGGAAGUGGACCGGCUCAGAAUGUUAGAGGAGCGGAAAGUGGACCGGCUCAGAAUGUUAGAGGAGCGGGAAGUGGAUCGGCUCAGAAUGUUAGAGGAGCGGGAAGUGGACCGGCUCAGAAUGUUAGAGGAGCGGGAAGUGGACCGGCUCAGAAUGUUAGAGGAGCAGGAAGUGGACCGGCUCAGAAUGUUAGAGGAGCGGAAAGUGGACCGGCUCAGAAUGUUAGAGGAGCGGGAAGUGGACCGGCUCAGAAUGUUAGAGGAGCGGGAAGUGGACCGGCUCAGAAUGUUAGAGGAGCGGGAAACGGAGCCUCAGAUUCUCCCGGUGAGAGGGGACCUUCUCCGGCCUCAGAUUGGUCUCUCUGUCACAGACGGCCUCAUCACUCGUCCACUUGAGCGCCUGUCUGAGCCGCUGUAUCAGUCCCAGGAUUGGCAAUCUCAGUGUGAGCCCACUCUACUGUAA